UCUGCAGUAUAGUUCCAUGCUUCAGGACUUCCCCUUGUGUGUCUAUAUUUUGUUGUUGUAGGAGGCCGGUACCUCAUCUCUGUCGUGGUUCACAGUGAGGGAUCAGUACAACAAAGAGGCAAGCUAUGAGGUUUCAGACUUCCAGUACAUAUCCUUGCUGCUUGAUGAUAUUAGCUGCUUAUGUUGGAACUUGUAAACCAUCAAACCAGCAUUUUACCUGCCUCCCUGUUCAUGGGAAAUUAUUCAGAACGUAGAUGCCGACGGUAUGGGGUGCUGAAGCUGGUAACUGGAUUUAAAUCUGGCUGGUAGAUAUCAGGGAGAAGAUUCAGGAAGAAGAAUUAUGGUCUGAUGCAUUCUGUAUUCACUUAUGUUCGCGUAUCUGAAUAAAAGCCACAUGACGUUUGAUCAGAUUCUAUGCUUCUGUACAAAACCUUCUAGAUAGCAGUCAUUUCAAUCAACCAGGUCAUAGUCUCGUAGGUUGAAAUUUGCAUGUAGUUCUUUUCAUCGGGCCCCAUUGCGAUAUCUGUCAAAAGUCAUUACAGGUCCCUUGCUUUUUCUCAUGAUUAGCCACAAAUGUUUCUUAUCGUUCUAUUCCACGCCGAUCCUGCACAGGAGAUGGACCAAUUGGUUAGGAGGCAGCCCCCCUUAUGUUACAAUCUCUGAGUGGUGGAUCUCUAAAGCUUCUGCAUCAAAAAAGUGCCACCCUAUCAAAGAUCGUCAACUAUGUAGCACUAGGUUUCAUCUUUAAGCAUCAGUGUCGUCAGGGUAUUGCUCAUCCUAUGACUUCUUCAAGAGGCCACUGCUCAUGAGAUCAAAAUUUUAAUUAAUUAUCAAAGAAUAGCCGUAUGAUGGUUGCAUUUCAUUAAUCUUGGAAGAGCAACGCGGGUUAUAAAACCAUGCGCAAAGGAAACAUCGCACGUUCCUUCCAGCUCACUUAAAAAUUUAAAAAAUCAUGGAAUUAAAAAAGAAUACCCCAACCAUGAGAAGCCUUUGAAUUCAACGUCAAUACGUCAUUUGAAUAAACUAAAGCUUGAUGUUAUGUUUCUUGCUGCUUUUCUUGUCUAGUUGCAAAUCCUUCUCGAGGUCAUGAAUUUUCAAAUUUAAAUACUCGAUCUGCCGCCCAUUGGUUGCGUUAUGCUCUUAGUUUUUUAUCCCCUCUUUUCUUUUUUUGGCACAGAACCACUCUUUUCUUAAUCUGGAAUUUUCUAGAGUAUUGUAAAUUAUUACCCCGUAUCAUUGCUUUAACGAAGUCUCCUGAAAUCAUGAUUUAGAAGCAGGAAGAAACCAUGACUCAAAUUUCCUGAAUCUCCGGUGACUCUUUUUAUAAUAAUUGUGAGGCUCCACAAAUCCAUCAAGAAAACAGUAAUCUGAAACGGUUGUUCAAUCGUCCACCGACAACAUAGUUACUUCAAUAUGAGAGAUGAAACUGCCGAUGACUCAAUUAACACUUUCGCUGCUUCCCCUAUACAGUUUACAGAAACAUCUACGUGGAGGAACAUACCCCAGUCAUAACCAUAUGAAGUCAAAACUCCGUAGAAGAGCAUUAGGAGUGCUAGCACGAAAACAGUAUCUUUGGCUUCUACGAUGGAGUUCCACGCAUGAACCAUCCGUUAGUUAGAAAGUCUCUAUGCAAUCUAACUAAUCCCACAACACCUAGAGGAAGAAAAGAAAAAAGAAGAAAAGAAAGUGUCAUGAUCUAUUUGUCUCUGUAACAUAGUUAACAAAUCAAAGAUUGAGACCUCAGACAUGCUUUUCUUCUUCCUUUUUUAUUAUGGUACCUAAGCGUAUCUUUGUGCACUCGGUCACCACAUGACAAGUUUGCAGUAGAGCUCUCCCCUCGCUCCAAGUGUCAAAUCCUCGUCUCUCCGCCCUUGGAUUCCUUAUGCUCUGUCCCAUUUCACCACCUUCCCUUGGGCCUCUCACUCUCCAGGCCUGCCAUGCAGCAUUAUAUAAGUCCCCACAACCAUCAGAGCAGCCCUCCAAAUCGACGCGCUCUCCAUUCUUCCCAUAGUUCCCGUCUCUUUUGGUUUAAUAGCCAGGGCAACCAUGUUUCCCUCCAAGGCUUCGUGCGAUCCUCCCUUCGAAGAGCUCUACAAAGCUUUGUUGAAUAACUCCAUCGCGCAGUGCUCCCAAGUCCAAGUCCAUGAAGUCGUGGGGGAGUGCGAGCUUCCGAUGAUAGACCUGAGCGGACUCAGGAGCGGCGCCGACGAAGACGAGCGGCGUGCUUGUGCUGCGGCAAUCGCAAAGGCCUCCUCGGAGUGGGGCUUCUUUCAGGUGCUGAGCCAUGGAAUCAGCACCGAGCUCUUAGGGGAGAUGAGGAGAGAACAAAUGAAGCUGUUUGGGAUGCCUUUCGAGAAAAAAACCAGCUCUGGGCUCUUGAAUAACUCUUACCGGUGGGGAACUCCAACUGCCAUGUCUCUCAGCCAGUUCGCAUGGUCAGAGGCCUUCCAUGUCCCUCUUGAAAAGAUCUCGGAGGAGGAUGGUCGCAGCGGGGAGUUCGACUCCCUCAGGGCGGCGAUGGAGAAGCUUGCCGGGGCCAUGUCCGAGCUUGCUCGGAUGCUUGCGGGAGUUCUAGCCGAGAAUCUGGGCUGUCCUGGGGAGUGCUUCAUAGAGAACUGCAGCGAGAGGACAUGCUUCCUUCGAUUGAACCGGUAUCCACCAUGCCCAUUCUCACCAGAGACCUACGGUUUGAUGCCCCACACCGACAGCGACUUCCUCACCAUCCUUCAUCAAGAUGAGGUUGGCGGCCUGCAAUUGAUGAAGGAUUCCAAAUGGGUUGCUGUCAGGCCGAAUCCGGAUGCUCUCAUAGUCAACAUUGGAGAUCUCUUUCAGGCGUGGAGCAAUGACAUCUACAAGAGCGUGGAGCACAAAGUGAUGGCUAAUGGGAGGUUGGAGAGGUACUCCAUAGCCUAUUUCCUCUGCCCAUCAUAUGAGUCUACCAUAGGGAGCUACGAAGAGCCGUCGCCUUACAAAAAGUUCACUUUCGGGGAGUUUAGAGAGCAGGUGAAGAUGGAUGUCAAGAAAACUGGAUAUAAAGUUGGGCUUUCAAGGUUUCUCAUCUAGGCCAAUUCUGAUCACUCUCUUGCACCUGUACAGAUAACUGCUACACUUUUUGCCGUACAAAUUUCUUCAAAAAAAAAUAAAAAUCGUGCGCAUUAGAAAGAGAGGAAGGACUGUGAGGAUAAUGACGAAGAAGAACAACUCCAUUCUUUAAGACGAAUAAUUUGUACGUCUGUGUAUCAAAUACAGUCCAUAAGUUUGAUCAUUAACCAUCUUGCUUUUCAAUUUGAUUGCAAAGAUGAAGCAUACUAUCCCUGUAAUAACUACAGUGUUUCAGCAUCUUUUAACUCAGAGAGACUUCAGAUUUUUGUAUCUAGAGUUCCAUGUCAAAUUUAUGAAUAUUGGAUCGUGUAUAACUGUUGGUGAGGCCACCAUAAGAGGACAGGAGCCAGACAAGACAAAGUUAAUCAAAUUGGAUGUAUUUGGACGAUUAGAAAAAAGCUAAGAUGCAGGGGGGGCUCCAUGGCCGGAUGGGUUAAUUAACCUUGAAAAUGGCAAUAAAGAUUUGGAUGUGGUCCAUGUGGGGACUGGAAUUCGUUGUGCUAAGAACCUGCUCUAAUGAAACUUCACAUCAGCUGAGUUGUUUAUAUAGCAAUCAGGUGUGAGUUAUUGUGGUUUGUAGGUUAAAUCUACCUGUUAAAAAAUGCUUGUCCUUUGAACUUCCAAUACAGCUCUAUGUUGAAGACUUGUUUGUAUCGCAAUGAAAAGUUCGACACAAUGAGUUAAUAGAAGCAGAUAGAUUUAGUUUUUUUUUUGUUAAAAAAAAAAUCUGCUAGCUUUUGAUCAAGAGCUGUGUUUACAGGUUCUUCCACUUGGAGCAUGCUUGCUGGUCAUUUAUUUUAAGAUCACAGAAGCAAUUUCAGGCUUAAAAUGUUUUUAUCUCAUUAAAAUAGAGUUCCUUUACAGAUCAUUGUUCUCGCAUUAAAUCAUCCAUCUUGUCAAACCACAGCUUAGUUUUUCAUGUAUGAUUUUGGAUUAAAAUCUAUUACUCAACCCGGCUACCUUUUCAUUCGAGAAUUAGACCUCCCUCCAUAAGUGGUGAAGAAAAUGUUAAGGACCUUUGCUAUGUGUUUGUGAAACCUCCUACAAUGAUAUCAGGUAGCUUUUAAAUAAGUAGGUCGAUCCAGCUCUAUCUCUACUUUCCUUUUAAAUAAAAAGUAUAUGGGGAAGCUAAUCAUCUAAAUCAAGGGAGAGUAAUAAGUGAUUGGCAGACAAAUAAGACACGCAUAUCAUUAUAAAGAAGAAAAUGAAAAUGAGAAGAAUCAAAGUAAAAGAAAGAAAAGCUUGCAAACCCAACAAAAGAUAUGGAGGCAAGAGAUUCUAUACAACACUGGCCCAAUCUUGAAUGGCCAACAAUCAUUUUGGUCCAGGUUAUGACAUCUUAAUUUCUCUGAAAUACAGUGAAAUAACUUUCGAUAAGAAUCUGGCGCAUCAUUCAUAAAGUACAUAUUAAUUAGUGUAUUUCCUACAAAUAUACAAAACUUCAAUCCUACUUGAACAAUUUGGUUAUGAAGGUGUCUCCCAUAAUUUAUAUAGGGCAAAGAAGCAGUAGCAGAAAUAAUGGCUGCAAAUGUAUACUCAUCUGGGUUUGGGCCCUCCAUAUAGAGACAUUGUUCAUAAUGAGUAGACAUUUUCGUGGUCUUUUCUCCAUCGCCGAUAUCAGAAUGCCCGGCGACAAUGACUGAAUUCUAAGAGACCAAGUCAGGUGUCUCAAUCCUCUCAAAAACAGAUGGUGCAGUUUUUAUGUCCCCACAGCUGAUGUACAUGUCGAGCAGGCAUUCUGUGACUGGAUAUCUGGUAAAAAUUCAGACUUGAUCAUCCAGGCCUGGGUAAUUCGCCCUCUGUUUUGAUCCCAUGUUCUCCCAUAAACACUCAAAACUGGGGAAGACGCGCUCUGGUUUGGCACUAACCCAGUCCCCAACAUGCGGCUGAAGACUUGCAAGCCUCUCUCGAGACUACCAUGAGAAUUAUAGAGUUCCAAGCAAUGACAUCUCUCUUUUACCCAUUUCACUGAAGACCCGGUCAGCAGCUAGUUUGAACACACAUAUAUUGUUUGAAAAGCCACAAGUUGUGACCCGGGAACGGAUGGGUCCUGGAGGGAAGAUGAGGCUUAUACGAGGCAAGAGAGUGUGGAAGCAUUGGGUUUGAGGCUCUCAAAGUCCUUUUUUUUGGAGCAAAUGGAAAAAAGAACGGCAAUGUAGGAGAUGAUGUUUCUCGUUGGCAUUGUGUCGACGACCUUUUGGGUGUCGCCGAGUGAGCCUCACUUGGCGUAUAGGGAGAGGUUGUUGCGAAGGAACGGGCGCGAGGUUGAUGGUAUGAAUCGAGGAUGAGGGCGUGGAGCUGGCGAGCGUUCCGCAGGGUGUUUGGAGAGGUGCGCAGUUGGUGGAGAGACGGCAGGAUUAGGCUGAAUUUUCAAUAGAAACGAAGUUUUUAUGAUUUGGGUUAUGGAUUCUUUGUUCGGAUAUUUUUAUAAAAUUGAGCUGAAAAUGUGGUAGGAUUUAUAAAUUGGACCAAUCCUUUGUCAACCAAACACCAUCCAGUUUAAAUUCUAUAAGAACAAAAAUAUCUAUAAAGAUUUUUUUCUUUCUACAACCCAAAGGCUAGGAUUUAUGCUGGGAUUAGACACACACUUAG